GCUGAGCCGUGCUGUCUCUUCCACAGCAGAGAGAGGGAGGGGAUGGGGCAAGCUGGUAACCGGGCUGUAACGGGGAUAACCUGCAGCCUCCGUCUCUCAGCUGCUCCGAUGGAGUGAACCGGGCCACGAUGCGCGUUUAUUUCCUUUCUCUGUCGCUCAUGGAAAGGGCCUCAAGAUGAUGUGCGAGGUGAUGCCCACCAUCUCGGAGGACGGGCGCGGUGGAGGUGGAGGUGGCUCGUCUUCCCCGGCAGGGGGCGGAGGAGGAGGGAUGGGUGGCGGAAUGGGAAGCAUUGGGGGCUACGGCAGCCGGGACCCGCGCGGUGGCGGCGGCGGUGGAGGCGGAGGCGAUGAAGGAGGAAGCACAGGAAACCUGGAGUCGCUGAUGGUGAACAUGUUGACGGAGAGGGAGAGGCUGCUGGAGAGCCUGAGGGAGACGCAGGACAGUCUGGGGACGGCGCAUCUACGCCUACGAGAGCUCGGCCACGAGAAGGAGUCCCUCCAGAGGCAGCUUUCCAUCGCGCUGCCACAGGAGUUUGCAGUGCUGACCAAAGAGCUGAACCUCUGCCGGGAACAGCUGCUGGAGAGAGAGGAGGAGAUCGCGGAGCUGAAGGCAGAGAGGAACAACACACGACUGCUGCUCGAACAUCUGGAGUGCCUGGUGUCCCGCCAUGAGCGCAGCCUGAGGAUGACCGUGGUGAAGAGGCAGGCCCAGUCUCCGGCCGGGGUCUCUAGUGAGGUGGAGGUCCUAAAGGCCCUCAAGUCCUUGUUCGAGCAUCACAAAGCUCUGGAUGAGAAAGUGCGCGAAAGGCUACGGGUAGCUCUGGAGCGCGUGUCGGUCCUGGAGGAGGAGCUACAGUCUUCCUCCCAAGAGGUUCUCUCUUUAAGGGAGCAAAUCAAACGACGCCAGCAAGGACUAGACAACGGCAAAGAGAGGCUUCCCAACGGACCGUCCUCCAUCCUGGACGACGGCGAAGUUGACAGGCAGAGAGAGGGCGAGAUAGAGAGACAGAGGUCAGAGCUGGGACAACUGAAAGAGCGACUGGCCCUCAUGUGCAGACAGGUUGGCGAGAUCGAGGAGCAGCUGACGUCUGCCAGGAGGGAGCUGGCCCGAUCAGAGGAGACCAACCAGAAACUACAGAGGGAUCUAAAGGAGGCGCUCUGUCAAAGGGAAGACAUGGAAGAGAGGAUCACCACAUUAGAGCGCAGGUACCUGAGUGCCCAGAGGGAGGCGACUUCUCUCCAUGACAUAAAAGAUAAGCUGGAAAACGAGCUGGCCAGCAAGGAGUCACUCCACAGACAGAGUGAAGAGAAGAACCGGCAGCUUCAGGAGCGUCUUGAUGAUGCCAAACAGAAGCUGCAGCAAACCCUGCAGAGAGCUGAGACGCUGCCUGAGAUCGAAGCCCAGCUCGCCCAGAGAGUGGCUGCACUCAACAAGGCGGAGGAGCGUCAUGGUAACUUUGAGGAGCGACUGCGACAGAUGGAGGCGCAACUGGAGGAGAAGAACCAGGAGCUACAGCGAGCGAGGCAGAGGGAGAGGAUGAAUGACGAACACAACAAGCGCCUCUCUGACACGGUGGACAAGCUGCUGUCCGAGUCCAACGAGAGGCUGCAGCUCCAUCUGAAGGAGAGGAUGGCUGCCCUGGAAGAAAAGAAUGCACUAUCAGAGGAACUGUCCAACAUGAAGAAACUCCAGGAUGAUCUGCUGGCAAACAAGGAUCAGCUGAUCGCUGAGCUGGAAAGGCUUCAGCUGGAGUUGGAUCAGCUGAGAGCGAGGCCUGGGGGCUCUUAUUCCAGUCGCUCUCUGCCAGGCAGCGCUCUGGAGUUGAGGUAUUCCCACGGAGGCGGGUCCCUCCCAACAGGUUCCACCACUCACCUGGAUCCCUUCGGUAAUGCCUCUGCCGGAGGCGCAGGCAAUCGUCACUGGCCCCGCUGGAGCUCUGCUCAUGAGGACACUACCAAGUACUCAGAUUGGGAUCACACUCUGAUUGGGACUGGGUUCCAGCCAGGCAUGGAUGUGGGAUGCUCAGACGAUGAGGACGACGGGGAGGCUCGGUUUGGCUCCGAGCUUCUGUCACCCAGCGGACAGACGGAUGUGCAGACCCUGGCCAUCAUGCUGCAGGAACAGCUGGAGGCCAUCAAUAAGGAGAUCAAAUUGAUCCAGGAGGAGAAGGAGAACACAGAGCUGCGUGCCGAGGAGAUCGAGAGCCGGGUCAGCGUGGCUUUGGACAGUCCGCCCAUCCCUCCCUCUUCCCUGGGGAGAGACAGCACAGGACGGGGCUUCAUCCCCACUUCCAUCACAUCCUCCACCCUGGCCUCCCCCUCUCCCCCCAGCUCCGGGCACUCCACCCCUCGUCUGCCUCACUCCCCUGCCCGUGAGACCGAUAGACAGAACAGCAAAGAUGAUGACCGAUCCCUCGCUCUUCUUGACUCUACACCUCCUCCCACUCCUCGUGCGCUGCGAUUGGACAGGAUGGCCCUCACCCAUCCGGGAGCGAUGCUCGAUGACCCCAGAGAGUUUCGCAGUCUCUCGGCAGAUGGCAGCAGCACCAACAGCAGCCAAGAUUCACUCCACAAGGCCAGCAAGAAGAAAAGCAUCAAGUCUUCCAUCGGCCGGCUUUUUGGGAAGAAGGAAAAAGGAAGGAUGGGCCAACCUGGACGGGAUGGAUCUGUUUCUCUUGCAUCUACACCCUCUGAAGACCUGGCAUCUGGAGACCCAAUGGGAAUGAAUAAGACGGGAACUCUUGGUCCAGCAGAUAAAGACCGCCGCAGCAAGAAGAAGCAUGAGCUGCUGGAAGAAGCAUGUCGCCAAGGACUUCCUUUUGCAUCUUGGGAUGGACCUACUGUUGUGUCGUGGUUAGAGCUGUGGGUGGGAAUGCCAGCUUGGUACGUCGCCGCAUGCCGUGCCAACGUGAAGAGCGGCGCGAUCAUGGCCAACCUGUCCGACACGGAGAUCCAGAGGGAGAUCGGCAUCAGCAACCCGCUGCACCGCCUCAAACUGCGGCUGGCCAUCCAGGAGAUGGUGUCCCUCACCAGCCCGUCUGCCCCAGCCAGCACUCGCUCUUCUACCAGUAACGUGUGGAUGACCCACGCAGAGAUGGAGUCUCUGAACGCCGCCACCAAGCCCCCGGAGCUGAAAGAGUUCAGCUGGGAUCAGAUACUGGCCUAUGGCGAUAUGAAUCAUGAGUGGGUGGGCAACGAGUGGCUGCCCAGCCUGGGCUUGCCGCAGUAUCGGAGCUAUUUCAUGGAGUCCCUGGUGGAUGCUCGCAUGCUGGACCACCUGACCAAGAAAGAGCUGCGAGGACAGCUCAAGAUGGUGGACAGCUUCCACAGGGUCAGCUUGCAUUACGGCAUCAUGUGCCUGAAGCGUCUAAAUUACGAUCGCAAGGAGCUGGAGAGGAGGAGAGAGGAGAGCGCCCACCAUAACAAAGAUGUGAUGGUAUGGUCCAAUGAGCGUGUGAUGUGCUGGGUGCAGAGCAUCGGUCUGAAGGAGUACGCCGACAACCUCCGGGAGAGCGGCGUCCACGGGGCUCUGCUGGCUUUAGACGACACAUUUGACUACACUGACCUGGCCCUGCUGCUGCAGAUCCCCAAUCAGAACACACAGGCCAGACAGCUCCUGGAGCAAGAGUACAACUCCCUCAUCUCCAUGGGAACUGAGAGACGGCCCGAUGAGGAUGGGACUAAGACAUUCACCCGCUCUCCCUCCUGGAGGAAGAUGUUUAGGGAGAAAGACCUGCGGGGCGUGACCUCUGACUCUGCCGAGACCCUGCCUGCUAACUUCCGUGCCUCAGCCAUCUCUACACCCUCCGUUACCCUGAGGAAGGUUCAGAGUGAAGCCAGCUCUGGUGCCCGGGGUGAAUCAGCCUCAGUGAGGACGUACUCCUGUUGAGUGGCUGAGGGCGCUGACAGGAUUGUGACUAGAGGACCCUCUCGCUCAUCCACGGAGAAAGAAGCAAUGAAUAUAACCAUUUAACUUUAAAUAAAUCUUUCAGUCUGACCAUUCUGCAAUAACAGAAGAAAAGAAAUAAGGGGGAAAUCAAGAAUGUAUGAAUGUAUUUGCGAAGACUGCGAAGGUUGAAACGGAUACGCUGUUUUCUCCCUCUGUCUCUCACUACCUUCUCAACUCUUCCUCUCUCAGUGCGAAGGGUGCGAAAAGGACAACACCGGUGUCGGUUAGAGUCGGUGCCGUUGCGCUGCGUAGGUCUCUCCUUUCUUCAUUCCUGUCCACGUAAAGUUAGCAGAGUUGGCAAUAUCAGGGCUCAUUUUCCUACCUACAGAAAAAAAUAACACUUGCUGCCAUUUAUUGUCUUACAGUUUGAAAACAAGUAAAUGUGUCGCCUUACAACUUCUGCUCAACAACAGGUGUUUUAUAACGAGGGCCGGGACAGAAAGUAACCUCACCGUAAAGUCUGGAGAGGACUGAGAGGGUGUUAAAACUGAGUGACGACUUGGAGGGGAAAUGGCUAGGUGGAUAUAAACGUGUCAUAAACUACACCGGUGUUCUCCUUUGUACUAAAGGGCUGGCUGGUGUCUAGUGUCAGCCAUUGUGGCUCUUUGUUGGCUUCUAUGGUCCUGUCAGGGGUUGGUUGCAGUGGUGUAGUAAAAUCCGUCUGAAUUCAGACCACCAUUUAGCUCCGACCACAUCAGAGGGACCCUCCUCAUGGCUUGUCCAUUGGGGCCUUGAAAGCCGAUAAGAUGAGUAAUCUCUUUUGAAGGGAGUCCAUUAUAGAGAUCAAAGGCACAGAGUUGCAUGGGACAGUGUGUAGCAAGGCCAUAGAAGCAUUGUGUUCAUGAUCUCAUGAUGUCAAUGGCAGGAAGUCAAUUAAGUUACCGCUGGUACCACUUUCUAAAAAAGAUGUUAAUAGGUUUUUAUAAGUUUUGGCUUUAUUGAUGUUAAAAGGACACUCCAGUGAUAUUUGUUUUUUACUUUCAGUGGGGUUCCACUCAGACUGUGGAAACAGUUCCGCAACAGCAUUGUGGUUUUGGUAGGAACCUUUUUAAAGUUUGGAAAAGAAGUGAUACAAUCUCUGCUUCAGUAUGAGAUUUACUUAUUUUUAAUAUAAUCUAUAAGUGUGGAACAAACGAAAGGAGCAAAUGCAAUCUGGGCACUUAUCGGUCGGUCUGCUAAUUUAGCAUUUUGGGGCAACAGCAAGUUUUUAUGUAGCCUACAGAUAUCUGGGCCAAGACUGUUUAUCUGCAUGCAGGCAAACCUGCUCAAAUGUGAUUAACAAUGUAACUCUGAAUGCAAAUGGAACCAGAAAGCUUCUUGUAGCAAAAAUCUGGUCUCUACUUACUUACAUACAGAGACAUCCACUUAUAGAGACUGGUGUAGAAUCAUUUUAUACCUCGACCUACAGUAGAGCCUCUGCUAGUGACAGCGUGUCAGAAUAUAUAACAAACAUUAGGGCCUCGUCUCAACAGAGCUGUAAUGUUCGAUAGCUACACGUACCUCUGAUUGGUGGAUGUAGACUGGGCAAAUAAAAUAGUUUCUACGUAGCACUCGAUCUUUGUUGAGUUUUAUCAAUUUCAGCUAUAUUCAAGAGAAGCCACACAUAUCGACAGGCAAUAUCUCCAAAACUGAGCAACUCACACCCAAACAUUCUGGACGGUGGAAAGCUUGAUUUUUAGGUGAACGGUUCCUCUAACCAAAUAUAAUCUUUCUAGUGACUGUAAGACUGAAUUAAAAAGGAAAGGAGGGUUAUUCUAGAGGUGAAUAUGCACCGGAAAAAUGUAUUUUUCAGGAACUUGCACCAAAAAGUUCACCUUUCACUUAAUAAUUCAGUAUCUCAUUAGUGUCAUUGUUAUAAAUAUUAAUGUUUUACAUGGAAAUAAUGCCAUUUAUUAAAACCUCUAAGCCAUUUCGAAACUAUGUCUAUCUAGAAAGUGGUACCUAAGUUUAGAAUAUAAAGCCAGACUCCAACGCGAAAUCCUCAGUCAGCGUCCACGGUGUCUUUACGAGGUUUGUGACUUGUAAUCAUCAGCUCAGGGUCUUGGGUAAUCCUGAUGAUGGCAGAGGCAACAGAGAGACAAAACAGCAACUCAAAGGGAGAAAAGAAGAAGAAGAAAAAGAAGGAUGGACAGAAGCCGGUCAUUUUAUUGCACACAGAAGCCAUAACCGAAAUUUAGAGCGCUUUCUGGGGGCGUGGGGGUGAGAUCAGAGAGAGGCCGGAUGAGGUCGAGCCCGAGGAAGCCCAGGAAACAAAACCUUUAGCCUCUGUGUUUACGAUGCAUGUCAAACAAAUGACAAUGACCUAAAAACAUUUUUUUGGUAGUGAAGAUGAUAUGAGGUGUCGUUAAAAAAUAUAUAUCUGUAUGAUAAACCUACAGGGGGUGGGAGCCUGGGGAUCAAUUUGUAAAAUGUGUGUAUUUUUUUCAGUUGUAUUUUUUAUUUUUUACAAUAACUUUAUUUUCUUUAGGUAUGUAUUGGAUAAAUGUAUGUACAUGUUCUGUUCCUUCUUGACUUCAUUUGAACUAGUUUUAAAAGUAAAUAUGAAACAUUGAAAAUGGUCAUUCAAAUACGCUACUGUAUGUGUACAUUUUGAGAACAAAUUGUGCAAUGAUUUAACAGAUUUCCAUGAUUAAAGUGAUAGUAAUACAAAUUGAAAAAAAAAUCAUCUGGAAAAUAAAGAAAAAUAAUGAUGAUGAUGAUGAAAAUGGUGAUGUAAAAGAAAAAAAUAAAUAAAGCGAUCCAGGUGGAUCUGCUGAU